AUGCCUACCGAUUUACACGGUCGCUACGCCAAGUUGCGACCACCGUGCACAAUGGCCACAGUCCAUGGAGUCCAAUUAUCCUUUAUGAUUGGCACAAUCACGAUCGAGGAUGCAACACCGGAUGACAGUGACAAAGCAGUUGAUGGUAGGGAUGGUAAGCAUCAAUCAUUCCGAAAGUUGAUUGGAUGGUUGAUGCGCACAAUUGUUUUCAUUUCAAACUCCGAGUUGGAAGCUCAGUUCAUGAUUCUUGCAUGUUAUCUCGUUCAUCAUCAUCCACAACGUGAAGUUGAUCCGCAGCCGCAUUCGCAUUCUGUGAGAUUGUUGGAAUUGCUAAAGAUUGCUGAGCGUACUUUCAAUCGGAAUUGGGGAAUUCGGUUUGCAGAGAAACGUUUCGAGUCCGAUAAUCUCGUGUACUCGCGUAGUUUGAAGAUUGAUUGA